UCUCGGCAGAGUCAAUUCCUUCUUCAUGUGGUGAUCUUGAUGAGUUGAACAAGGUGGUAAGCUUGUUGAGGUCCGAGUUGUUUCAAGUAAAGCGGGAAAAAGACGUCCUUCACUUAAAGGUCAUACGGAUGGAAAAACUGUUGGACCAAUGUUUAGGUCCUCAGUUUGAGCAGGAAGUAAGGAGGGACCUAGCUUUACUGAAACAGAGGACGAAUCGUUGUGUCGUCUCACAUCUAUUUAAGGGAUAUGGGGAAAUGGAUGACAUUCAAUGGGAUGAAGGGCCAAGUAACAGAAAUGAGGGAGAGGAAAAGGAAGAUGAAGGGAUUGAAGGGGGUGAAGGGCCAAGUAAUAGAAAUGAGGGAGAGGAAAAGGAAGAGGAGGGGAUUGAAGGGGGUGAAGUGCAAGGAAAACCAAGUGAGGUAGAGGAAGGGCAAAGAAAAAGAAGUGAAGGAGAGCAAGUGCAAGUAAAAAGUAGCAAAAGAGAGGAAGCCCAAAGACAGAGCAGUGAGGGAGAGGAAGUGAAAAGAAAAAGCAGUAAGGGAGAGAAACUGCAAAGGAAAAAAAGGGAGGGCAAGGAAGUGAAAACACAAAGAAGUGAGGAAAAGGAAGUGCAAAGAAACCAAUGUGAGAAAGAAGAUAAUGAAGUUAUGUUGCUUGGGGGUGACAUUGGAGAGAGCACGGAGGGGACACUACUUGAGUUUACUGUCGGGGACAUUGAUUUGGAUGAACCUACAGCUGUGCUAUCUCAGUUGAACGUGUGGUUGAAUGAUAAAGGUAAAGCUGUGGCACAAGGGGUCCAAUUACGGAAAAGAAAGAGGAUCAUUCCUAUGUGA